AUGGUGAACGAUUUGUAUGAACUGCCCGAGAUCAUGCCAGGCAGGCUGGAAGAGAUCUACGCGUGGCUGGCCGUGUGUGACGCUACAAGUGCAGCGGACAAGCCCUCAUUCCUGCCGCGCAUGCGGGUGGCGGAGCAGGGAGCGGGGAGGGCGCUGGGGGUGGUGGCGCAGGCGAACGCGGCGUGGCAGCUUUUCCUGCACGCGCACGUUCAGCCCGACCCCUGGCUCCCCGAGUUCGACGUUUUCGCUACCAGCAUACUCCAGGCAUGCUGGCGAAAGUACACGGACGAGCACAGUCGUACGAUUCUUUCGAUAUCGUAUGACGGCCGUCCGAUCGACACCAGCAGUACUGUAGCUGCAGCAGAGAGAGAGGCCAGGGGUAUCGUGGUUGAGUGGCAGAAGGAAAGGGAGAAGGAAAGGGGUGGAAGAGGGGGGAGGGAACGCGGGAAGGAGAAGGGAAAAGAGAAGAAGAAGAAUAGGGGAAAGAGCAGGGAGAAGGAAAGAGGGGAGAAGGUGAAGGAGAGGGAAGAGGGAGAAGAGAGAGGGAGGGAAGAGAGAGGGGGGGAGGAGAGAGGAAGGGAGGAGAGAGGAGGUGGGUUCAGGAGGAGGAGAAGCUUAUCCGGCCCUGAGGGUAAUAGCACAGGAGGGACGGGACGUAGAAUAUGGGGGGGAGGGGGAGGAGCAGGACGAGUGAACCUUGGAGGCGGGGUUGGGAAGGGAAGUGGAGGAGGUGAAGGAGGAGGAGGAGGAGGAGGAGGAGGGGGAGGUGGAGGAGGAGGAGGUGGAGGAGGAGGAGGAGGAGGGGGAGCAGGGGAAGCAGGGGUUGGAAGAGGGUAUGGGGGGAGAUCAGUGGGAGUGAGUCCGAGUGCCUCUCCUCCCCCGUCCUUCUCUUCCUCCUCGCAAUCCAAGAGUCCUGGCAAGCUUGGGUUCUUUCGAUCCCGCCUGCCGUCUCUUCCCCUCAUUGCGCCUUCUAGUGCUGAAGACCUUCCUCUUGCUGCUGCAGCUGCUGCUCCUGGGGGGGGUGGUGGUGCUGGUGCUGCUAUUGCUGGUAGUGGUGGUGGUGCUGGUGGUGGUGCUGACGGUGGCGGUGGCAGUGGCAGCGGUGGUGGUGGGUUGACAAUCGCUGUGCCGUCGUUCCGAUCGCGGUCCCCUCUGCCCCCCUUAACGCCCAAGACACCCAGAACUGGCUCAGCCUUAAGAUCGCCCAAGCAACGGACCGCACCCCCUGCUGCUGCUGUUGGUGUUGGUCGCUCCGAGAAGGCUUUUGAGGCGCCUCAAAGAUCGCCCAAGCAACGGACCGCACUUCCUGCUGGUGUUGGUGUUGGUCGCACUGUCAGCCUGGGGGUCACGGAGAAUGCUAACGACCCUGCACAAGCACAUUACUCCCCCCAGCAGGGACAAGACAUUAGUGUCCCUGCUCCUGCUGCUGCUGCUGCUGCUGCUGCUGCUGCUGCUGCUGCUGCUGCUGCUGCUGCUGCUGCUGCUGCUGCUGCUGCUGCUGCUGCUGCUGCUGCUGCUGCUGCUGCUGCUGCUGCUGCUGCUGCUGCUGCUGCUGCUGCUGCUGCUGCUGCUGCUGCUGCUGCUGCUGCUGCUGCUGCUGCUGCUGCUGCUGCUGCUGCUGCUGCUGCUGCUGCUGCUGCUGCUGCUGCUGCUGCUGCUGCUGCUGCUGCUGCUGCUGCUAGUAGGGGUGGUAACAAGGAGGAGCAGAAGCAUGAGAGGCUUGUUAUUCCGGAAAGUCUUGAGGCGGCACGGAGCAAGUGGGGUGGUCGAAGGUUGUCAAUGCAAGGAGCUGACACCGCUGCUGCUGCUGCCACAGCAGGUUUUGGAGCCACUACUGCUUUUGAGGCGCCUCAAAAGGUGUCAAUAAAAGGAGCUGAUAUCGCUGCUGCUGCUGCUGCUGCUGCUGCCACGACAACUUUUGGAGCCGCCGCUGCUUCUGGGACGUCUACAUACGAGUCUGCCUAUAACGAGUCAGCUGUUUGUGAGUCGGGUUUUAAUGAGCCGGUCCUUGGGGAGGGGUGGCAAGUGCCAGCUGUCGCCCCGCCAUUGGAGCAAAAGCGGCCGGGGCAGCGGUGGGCUGAUUUUGGCCCUUGGGAAGGUAAGGGUAUCGCUGCUCCUACUGCCGUUGCUGCUUUAAGCAGUAUCGGCACCACCACAACAGGCAGCACCAGCACCAUUAGCACCACCACUGGUGUCAGCAACAAAACGAGCAGCAGCAACACGCGUCUAGUGGCUGCUAAUGCCGCUGCUCGGGUGAACCGACGUUGGAACUCAGCUGCUGUGGAAAGAAGGCCGUCCCGAGAGCACACGGAGGACAUUGCUGGUAGCACUGCUGCUGCUGCUGCUGGGGGUGGUGGUGUUGCUGCUGCAGCUGCUGGUGGUCGGGGUGGUGGUGGUGCUGCUGCUGCUGCUGCUGCUGCUGCUGCUGCUGGGGUUGGGAGUGGGGGGGUUGGUGCUGCAGCUGUCGCCGUGGGUCCAUCGGCUGCUUUUUUUCCGAGGGAUGUUUCUUUUGAAAGCAGCUUUUUGUCGCAGGGGAACGAGAUGGCAUUUGAGUCGACUCAAAAGUCAUCUGCUGCACUUUCACAGAAAGAUGCAGGUGCCGGUGCUGGUGCUGCUGCGGCCUUUUUUCCGAGGGAUGUUUCUUUUGAAAGCAGUUUCCUGUCGCAGAAAAGCAUUCCCUCCCACGGUAGUGGAGAGAGCAAUGAGGGAGAUAGGCGGAGGGGGGCGCGCUCAGACUGGCAGCAUCAGCAGCAGCAGCUGCUGCAGCAGGGGCAAUGGCAGCAACAGCAUCGGGAAUGGCAGCAGGCAGAUUGGCAGCAGCAGCAGCAGCAGCAGCAGCAAAAUCAACAAGCGUUGGUGCAAUCCCGACCACCUCUUUCCCCUCAAAGGUCUGUGAGCUCUAUUCACGAGAGCAGAGACAGAAACCGGCAGCAGUACAGGCAGGGAGAGGAGGCUUUCGAGUCGAGUCAUAAGUCUCCCUCCCCUCAUAGAUCUGGGCUUUCUUAUGAGGUGAAGGUGCCCCAGCAGCAGCAGCAGCAGCAGCAGCAGCGCAGUAACACCUUGGCCAAAACGACUCCCCCUCUCUCUCCCCGCUCGCCCUCCUCCCACCAGCAGCACUCCAUCCGCUCCUUCCUCCGCUCCUUCAACCACUCCCACCCUUCCCCAGAUACCACCUCCCCUUCUCCCCCUGCUGGUGUUACGUCCCUCUCCCAACCCCCUGCUGCCCCUUACCCACACCCUCCCAACUCCCUUCUCCCGUCUGCCCUCCCCUCUUCCUCCGCCUCCUCCUCCUCCCCUUCUCCCCACCCUCUCUCCUCCUCUGUCUCGUCUAAAUCUGUGGUUUCAUCUUUACCUUUCGAAUCUGCUGCUGUGAUUGCCGCACGAGCAGCAGCCAAACUUCGCCGCCCCUCCCCUCCUCCACUCCUCCACGCAAGCCCAGCGCUGCGUGCAGCAGCAGGAGCAGCAGCAGCAGCAGAAGGACACUUCAGGUGCAGCUGA